AUGAGCUCGCAAGUAGCCUUCGCUCUGGUUCGUCCAUCCAUAGAGGCUGGCGCGAGACCUUCUGCGUCCAUGGCGGCAUUGAUGCACUCAAAUAACGAGCCUGUCGCCGUCUCAAAUCCUAUCGUCUCCAACUCCAUCGCCAGUUCCGAGCCUCUUUCGUUCCUUAAAGCACAGUCCCACGCCAAACCCGAAUCCAAUCUCCGUUCCAUCGCCAGUGCCAGUCUACACGUCUCGCGAUCUCAUCCGCCUUCGAUGACGAGUCCAGCUUCGGCGCCCGCGGAUCGGCCGGCUGAACAGGACAAGGAAGCCGAAAGUAACAGUUCACGCGUUGCCCGUGAGGCAUUGGGGGCAAGCGAGAAGUCGCCAGGCCCUUCCCUCCAUGAACCCUCGGUCCAUGCGUCCCCGGAACAGAUUCAAGUCGACUCCCACCACAAUGACACAUCAUCCGACCCUUACGGCUCGACCGACCACAACCAGAACUCACUUAUCCACUCCUCGACUGUCGCGAGUCCAGGCCCUAUCGAAGACACUGCGUCUCAAGAUGGAGAUCGGCCCCGGCCGCGGGCGGACUCGGAGGUCGAUCAGGACAGCAACAAGGCCUUUUCUUACCCAUGCCCACCGGUGGCAUCAAUGAUCCGCGUCGCGGCCUCAGCUUACCCAACGCGGGUUAUAACAGGGGCAGCCCACGAUCUCCGUCCGCGAAAAAACACCGCUGCCCCUAUUGCGCGACCGAAUUUACCCGGCAACACAACCUUAAGAGCCAUCUCCUCACUCACAGUCAAGAGAAGCCUUUUCUCCAUACCGGCGAACGACCCCAUAUUUGCCCCAAGCGGACGACGGUUUGCUCGCGGCGAUGCGCUCGCGCGGCACAACAAGGGACAGGGUGGGUGCGCUGGCCGGCGGGCUAGCAUGGGUAGCUUUGCAGCAGACGAUGAGUACGGAGACGGUCACCAUCCUGACGACGCCAUGGAUGGGCUUGUGUACGCAGAGCCGGAGCACAUGGACGAGGAAGACGAGAGACGCCUCAUGCCGAGCAUCCGCAAGCACGAGGCCGACCAUCUGCCUCGCUCUGAUUCUCUUCAAUCCCAUCGCCAACCCAGCACCUACCCACCGAUUGCCGCCGGACGGAGUCUCUUCCCGCCUCCAGGCACCCAUGGUGGUUCCGGAUCGUCCACAACAACUACGUCGCAACCAGGCAACCUGACUUUCCCGCCUGCAGGACACCCAUCCAGCUCAUCGAUGUUUACUCCCACCAACGUCAAUGAUAGUCCGAAGCCUUUAUCCCCGAAUGCGCUGUCUCAUCACGACAACGUGCAACCCCACCGCGCACACUCCCCAAGCAUAGGCCAGUCAUUGCCACAUCCGCCACCAUUCGUAAGGACAGGAUCGGGCUCAAGCCAUGCUCCACCGGGCCUAGGUCUGCCACCGCCACAGCCUGGAGCGCCUCAGCUCCCGCCUCCGGUCAUUAGCUCACCCGACGCCCGCUUCGGUCUCCAGGCUGCCGCCAAACAUUCCGCGUCACACAGUCACUCGAGUACCCACAGUCUUCCCGCUCCAAAACUAGGACCAGACGGACCCGAAAUACCUGCAGGCGAAGCCAGCCAGAUUGACAAGCUCUGGGCCUAUGUCCGAUCAAUGCACGAUGAAAUGGUGGGUCUUCGGACCGAAGUCGCGGCGCUACGCGCACACAUCGCAUCAACAAAUUCAACGACGGCACCAGCACCCGUCGAAGUGAACCAAAUUUCGGGACCGCGGUAA